UCGACCCGAAUUAAACGAGCCUAGUCGGACAACGCUCUUCCAGCCGGCGACGCGUUUUUCUCUACGCCGAGGCCUGCCCGCUCUUCCUUCGGUGCGGGCAGCACUCUGCUCGUGUUUCCCUCCACUUGCCGUUCAUGCCAGCCUCGAAGAAAGACCGGAAGCAUGGCAAGGAUGGCGGCGGCGUGGUUGCAGCCGUGACCAAACAUGGUGCUAAGUUCUCCGAGGAUACCACCAAGAACGUGUCCCCAAGCCCCUCGCCCGUUAUCUCCCCGGAGAUAAAUCCCUCCAGCGUCUCCUCCAACGACCACCCGGUCGCUUCCCCGUUGCUGGACGCAGUCUCGGCAACCUCCUACGCCACGAGCAACUCACCGAGCACGAGGGAAUGGGCAAGAGGGCUCACCGCAGGCAUGGCUGGGUCACCCGGGAAUCUCAUCAGUCUGAUUGGGGAGUCCCCACCCACGGCUCCUUCCUCCUACGAGGACAGCCGCGGCAUGCGGUCCGGCUGGUCUUCUCCCAGGCCCGGCGGGGGCUACCAUCCACCCUCUGCCUCGCCGCCGACCGCUGGACGACGCCCGCUAAGCUUCCACGCGGAAGGUGCUUACUCUCCGCCGGAUGCCCACCUUCCGCUCGCCGCAGCUGCGGCAAGACGCAGCUCGAUGCACUCGCACUACGCCCAGGUCAGGGCUGCCUCGAACCCACCGCUUCCGCAUCAGGCGCAGCCGCACUUCUACGCCGCCCCUGCACUUGAUGCUGACCUGCAGUCUCAGACGGGCAUGAGGGCCGGCGAGAAGGGCUAUUACUUUGGCUUUGACACCCUCUCGCCACAGAAUAGCGACCGCGCUCCUGGAAAGGACACCGUGGUCCUGGCUGGGUAUGAAGGUGGUCUCGAGGUGUUCUCUGUUGGAAAACGGGGCCUCGAUAGAGUUGCCAGCCUAAAAGGUCUGCGCGGAGGAGUGUAUCACGCCAAGGUUUUGCCGUGGACGCCCGACAAUUCCGAACUGUUCCCCCUGAUCGCGGUGGUCGUCCAUGGCCCAACCAUCCCGCCACCGACCCCGGAAGUCAACGUGGAAGGCGACUACGAUGCGGUUUCUGCCGACCGGUCCGAGGCCGUGACUAGCGCUAGCCCAGAUCCUGCAGGCAGGAACGUGGGCCACAAAAUGGCCCCUGGCUUCAUCGACUCCUACCAGACAACCGUCGAGGUGCUCUCGCUGAAGACGGGCCGACAGGUGAGCGUACUUCUCGAGGCACCGAAGAUACCCCUCAAGGCGUCCAUUACCAGCCCGAGCUUUUGCCCGCCUCCGCCGACCGGUGCCUUCCGUAUCUGUGCCGAUGGCGGGAAUAUUGUCGUGUCGUCCGGUAUCACGGGCGAAUGUUGGAUUUAUCGUCAAGCACCGGCCACGAACGAGCACCCGCUUCAUUUCCGGUGCCAUGGAAAGCUCUGGACUACGCUCCAGCAACCGCCGAAAGGCGAGGGAGCACAGGAACCCGAGCGAGGCCGUGCCCCCGCCAUGCCGCCGCGCCCUCGACCUCAGGUUGCGAUCCUCAGCCUCCACGGCAGAUGGAUCGCCUACUGCCCUGCCACUCCAUCGUCUCAGAUUACGCUGCGCGCUUCAGUCCCAGUGCCUGUGUUUGGCCGUGCUCCAGGGCUUGCUACAGUGACCCCGCCGCAGUUGCCGCCUGCCAAUUCCGACCUCGAUCUCCCUUUGUCCGAGAGUGUCGUGAACAAGAUCAUGCGGGAUGCUACUCAAGAGCUCAUCCAGGGCGCGAAAUGGGUUGGAAAGCAGGGUUGGCAGGCCUGGAACAAUUACUGGAAUCCGCAGCCGAGCCAGCAACCGCGGUCACCGACUCUGGGGCCGCGAAGCUGGGAUGGGGCGGGUACGGUGUCUCCCGAGCCCGUUCAGUUUCCGCCGACGCACGGUGCCGUUUCCCAGCCGGUGGUGAAAGAACCAGGGAUGGUCUCUAUCUUGGAUAUCGAAACCCUCGGUUCUUCUGUGAACCCGCACCCUGUGACCACCUUUGCAGUUCCCCACGGCUGCAGCUUUCUGUCGUUCUCGCCAUCUGGCCUCUCCCUCUUCAGCGCCAGCAGCAAGGGCGACGUGCAGACAGUGUGGGAUCUGAUGCGCAUCCAAUAUACCAAGUCCUCGCCCCUGCAGGCCGCUGGUCCGUCUUCUGGCGGGGGACCAAGGGUGCGCCAGAUCGCGCAGUUCUCUCGCCUGACAGUCGCACGCAUCGUUGACGUCGCUUGGACCGGACCAAACGGCGAGCGGCUAGCUAUGGUGACGGAACGGGGCACUGUCCAUUUGCUGGAUAUGCCUUCGAGCGCCUUCACAUGGCCUCCCCCUCGCCGUCGGCGUUCCCAAGAGGCGAAGAGCGCGGCUGCAGAGGGGCCAGCUUCUGCCGUCUCAAUCGCGUCGAAUGCUCUUAGCUCUGUCCGCGAUGUCGCGCGGCCCCUCCUCAGCCGGCAGCGCAGGAGCAACUCCAACGCGACGCCGGUGGCAGGCGGAGCCAUUGGAGAUUAUGCCGCCCAUGGAGGCAAGGUGAUUGCCGCUAGCAUCAGCCAUUCGCUGGGUCGGACUGGCAACGCCAUCAACCAGCUCCGACACACGGGGGAGAACAGGGUCUCGCUUCCGGCGUCGGCUACGCUCCCCGGGCCGUCGUGCGUGAUCUGGAUCAGUGGAAAGAAGGACCACUCUCUUUCCGUCCUCGGCGGCGGCUUUGUCCGGACGUUCCCGGCUAAGAGGCGCAAGACGGCCUCCGGGGACGGCAAGGGCGCAGCUCGCCUGUCGCGAUACACUGAUUUCCGAGUUCCCCUGCUGCCGGACGAUCGCCUGUCCCCGCUCGUCAAGAGCCUCGUGGACCCUGAUGAGUACCUGGAGUUCACAGAGAGGGAUCUAGAUGGCGGCACCAGCACCUUGGUGCUGAACCAACCUAGGCUACGUACCCGGACGCACGAUCAUAGCGCAGAAUCAUCUAUCCCUCAGGCCGAGAUUGAAUCGAGCGCGCCGUACCAGCCGUUCCACACAGACCGCCGGGUGGCGCUGUAUGAGACACUGCCACCACAACCGGGGCCACCACAACGGGAGCUGGAUCUUACCGCCCUUAUGGCGGCGACUUCGUUAGAAGAGGCGCCAGCAGAGCCCACGCCGCGCCGGAAGAAAGGGGCAAGACAAUCCCCAGCUCAGUACACCCCAGUCGACUCUCCGCCGUCAUCCGCUGCCUGGGUUUUUGGGCAGCCCAUAGCGGCCACGAAACUCGAUCUCGGCCUGCCCGAUUUGCUCGAGGACGAAUCGUACAACGUCCCGCUUGAUGCCUCGCGCGCGCUGCCGGCUUCUGCGAUGGAGAGAAUCCUUCACCGCACCGACGACGAGGAGGCGCAGAUCGUGGUGACGACGCGCAGGAGACGCGGCGCUGCGCCUGCUCGGGACGACGACGGCUUUUUUGAAGACGACUGCGAGGUGCUCGACUUUGCCGACCAGCGGGUGUAAGCAGUCGAUUUUUUUUGGCUGUUCGGGGAACGGGUUGGUGCCCGGGUGUCUGUGGUGUCUGUGAGUGAAGCGGCUUUGAAUUCUGGUUCCGGCCUGCGCCGCGCUGCGCUGCGCUG